GCCUAGACGAAACCAGUGCGUUCGGCCUCGUAAUCAAAUCCUUUUGUGUUUCUGUUUCCUGUGUCUCUGUCUCUCUCACAACACGGUGGAGAUGCACUUUCAGCCGCUACAGCCUUUCCGAGCACAGAGCAAUUUCCUAUGUUCCCCGCAGUUUCUCGCUCCGACCGCUCUUUCUCUUUUUAAACUCAUAAACGCCCCUACUUCUCUCUCACUAUCCCCAGUCAAGACCCAUAAUUCUGCACCCAGAAUAAGGGCGGUUUCUCUGGACGAACUUCCCCCCAAUGCCCUUCGCCGGAAGAUUGACCCAAAAUGGAGAGGUGGGUUCAGCCUAGGGGUAGACUUGGGAAUGUCGCGCACCGGCGUCGCCCUCAGCAAAGGCUUUUCCGUCCGUCCUGUUACAGUUUUGGAAUUUCGAGGACAAAAGCUUGAGCUUGAGCUUCUCGAUAUCGCUCUACAGGAGGAGGCUGAUGAAUUCAUAAUCGGGCUGCCCAAAUCAUGUGAUGGGAUGGAGACGCCUCAGUCAAACAAAGUACGUAGUGUAGCCGGAAGACUUGCUGUUCGGGCUGCUGAGAGGGGUUGGAGAGUCUACCUGCAAGAUGAACAUGGGACAACUGCAGAAGCAGCAGAUCGCAUGAUUUCCAUGGGCAUUAACAGGUCUACGCGGCAAGGGAAAAUUGAUGCCUAUGCUGCAAUGAUGCUGCUGGAGAGAUAUUUUUCCCUGGCUGGCCACGGAACUGAACUUGUGCUGCCCAAGAAUUUGGAUUUGCAAGAAAAGCUCCAUAGGGGCCCACCCAAAGACAUUGAUUUCUUUCCAGAAGAAUUUGAAGGUUGACACUCUGCGUUUGGUGCCCACAUCAAGAUUCAGUUUCAUCCAAAUAUUUUCUGUCCUUGAUUCACGCAGAAGCAAAGCAUAUACAGCGAAAAAAGUGGAACGAUUAGUAUCAGCGUAGAUAUGCAGUCCUUAGAAUUUUGGUAAAGAAUUUGGAACGAUUAGUAUGAGCGUAAAUAUGCAGUCUUUUCAAAAUUCUAAUCA